AACCACCAUGCGCCGCAUACGCUGAUCCCCGAUACGACACGACACCACUGUUGCCUGUCCCCCCGAACCGAGCGGGCGCAGUCAGGAACGUCCCAUCCACACACCCCCCCAGCCCUACACAGUGCCACUUAUUAACCUACUCGGACGGACUGAUCGACGGCUUGCCGUCACUUCGACCUGUCGGUACUCUGAACACCGGGUCUCCCGCAUCUCGUCGCGGCCGCACACGACCCAGAUCGCGUACAUCUGCGACUGCGACGCUCCUGUUGGCCCUAUACCGCCGCCGACACCACCCUGUUACACGCCGUGCCGAGCAGUACCUGCCGCGCCGCCGGUCUUGCUUUCGGCUGACCCGCUUGUUUUUCGUCGCAUUGUAUACCUACAUCCGCGUGUCGCGACACCUGCCUACACGCUGGACUCGCGCCUCCCUACACACCGCGCCGAAUCACCCUAUGCAUUGCUGUUACGGCCUGGAGACUGCUGCUCGACCGCUCUCAGGCCGGCGGCACAGACUCGCGACUUCGUUGAGCCGGACCGCAGCACAUACCGCGCUACACGCGCUCUGGUCGCCCACGCGUAAGACAGUAUCAAGUGCGCCAAUAUGAUGGCCGCAUACCAACCGACGCCUGGAGGCGUACAUCCAGGCUUACAGCACGGUCACCCAGGAAUGGGACCCAAUCCCGGGCAACAUAUGGGGCAGCCAAUGCAGAUGCAUCCAGGUGUGUCUGGCGCGCCACACCAAGGAGCCAUGAUGGGGAUGCAGCCUGGCGCCAACGGUAUGGGUCCUGGGGGAAUGGGUGGACAACAUCCAGGUGCUGGAAUGGCUAUGGCCGCGCACAUGGGCGGUCAGAGCAUGGCUGGCGGAAUGCCGAAUGCACAAGCUCUGAGCCAGAUGACACCCCAACAACAGCUGGCCCACCACCACCAACAGCAACAACAGUUCGCAGCGAUGGCUGGACAGAAUCCCCAAUUUGCCAUGCAGCAGCACCAAAUGCGCCUGCGGCAGCAGGCACUGAUGCAGCAAGCGCAAGCGAGCGGCAUGAUGAACGUGAAUCAACCGGGCAUGCAGAUGAACCCACAACUGGCGCAACUCCAGCAGCAACAAGCGGCUCAGCAAGCGGCGCAAGCAGCUGGUCAACCAGUCCAGCUCACUCCCAACCUUCAGCAGCAGCAGAUGCAGAUGAUGCAACAGCAGGCUAUCCAACGACAACAAGCUGCUCAGCAGCAGCAGCAACAACACCAACAGACACAACUAGCUCAGCAGAUGGCCAUGCAACAUGCGAACUCGCAGCAGAGCAACCCAGGCCAAGCUGCUCCUCCCAACCCCCAAAACCAGGCUGCUAACGCUGCUGCACAACAAAUGCGGCCGCAAUCCCGAGUAGCAAACCCUAACGAGCAAACUCCCAAUAGCCAACAACAGCAUUCGCAGCAAAGCCCGGCCCAGCAAGCUCAGGCGCAAGCUCAGCAGACUCCUCAGCAAGGCCAGGCUGCAAAUCCACAGCAACAAGCGCCGCAACAGCAACAAAUGACGCAGGCACAAAGGCACGCAUCCAUGGCGUUAUUUCAGAGGCAGCAGGCGAUGCAAGCAGCGCAAGCGAACAGAUUGGCCCAGCAACAACAGCAAGCAAAUGCGCAGGGUGGUAUGUUCAUCCUCAAGCUGAUGAACUUCAACGACCACCUCAGCAACUUCUCCCUGGACAACGACAACCCUGCGGCCAACGGGAAGGACAUCACGCACUGGCAUAACUUCGUUGAGAAGCAUUUCGCCGCGGAUGGACGACUGAUUCACAGCUUUCCCAAUACUGAUCACAACGGCAAUCCAAACAGGAAAUCGUAUGAGGUUCUGCGGCCGAAUGUUGCACGCUACUUCUAUACAUAUUUCGACUCCGGCGCUAGUUCGCUCCGCCUGCAUACAGAACAUGCUCGAGAGGCCCCACAUCCCACUACUGGUGGACAACAAGUCACGUGUCAGAAAGCCAUUUUCUCGAUCGCUUAUCCGAACGGGGCCCGUCUCGAGAUGACGGGCUCACUCCAAGUGCUGUUCUCUGCUGGCAGCGAUACCAUCGAGUGCCUGUCUUUCCAGACGACGAGCACAGAAGAAACUUUAUCAAGGGGCCAGAUCGAGAGGGUCUUGGCUGACUUCUCUCCCACCAUGUCUCAUAAGGCAUCUCCAAAACUGGCGAAGAACAAACUUCCCAAGGCGCAGCAGAAGCUACAAGAAGCAGAAAAUCGAAUCACGAUAGAUCACUUCCCCAAGACACCCAAGGGGACGAUGGGAUUCACAUCCAAAGUACAGCAUUUCCUAGAGAUUGGUGAAACUAUGAACAUCAUGUCAGACUUGAUGCAUGCAGCACAAGAGAAGAAAUUGCGGCCUGAGCAGGCACUCGAAGCUCUUGUAGGAGAGUGGGAGCAAGGCGGGAAUCCGCAAAUCCACUUCCCACCGAACGGCGCAGCUCAAGGGUCAAGAACACCCAGUAUGGCGAACAUGCAAAUGGGCCCAAACGGACAAUUCUCUUCGCCGAGCAUGUCUCACAUGAGCCUUCCCAUUAACGGCUCCCCUCACAUUGGCCAUCACGGCAAUCUCGCGCCGGGCAUGAACAUGGCUAAUUCGCAUACUCCUUCACCGCAUCAAUUGCAUAUGGCCGCCCCGCCUAUGAUGCCGCAGCACAGUGCGCAGGGCACGAGUAGCAGCAUAGCCAGUGAGAACACGAGCCCAAACCUCAACAACAACAAUAAGCGAAGAAGGAGUACAGUGAAAAUGGAAGGCGACGACCACGAUUCGGCUAGAGUGAAACCCAGCCCACGCCUUGGGAAAAAGGCCAAGCCAUAGAACUACUCGCAUUUCCAGCGGCAAGAGAGCCAGAAUCGCCCGGUCACUACCUACACUCGCGAUCCCUGGGAUCGUUACAGUCCAUUCCGAAGUCAGCACCACCAGAGGCAGGUGCAUGGAGUGAUCUUCAGGGACGCCUAAUUCAGGGACAUAGAAUGAGCACAGUGCGCUCAUGACUUGUUCUUUCCCCUGGCAGGGCUCCAUCGCCAGACAAAGAAGCGCACAGCCUGCAUGCGACCACUGUCUCGACAAUGCAGAUAUGAGCGACACCUUCGGUUACCCUGGCGGAUGGACGUGGCAAAGCAACAUCACUGGGAAUUGGUCACGACGAAUUGAAACGGCGUUGGUAAGAAGGCGGAGUAGGAGUACGGAAGCAAGAAGGAGCCUUCCGAUUCCUCAACCCAAGGAGGCAAGGAGGCAACAUUGUUCUGAUGUGACUGGAUAUAUGCGAAGAAGGUGACUUUUACGACUACCCUUAUAGCGCGGCGUUGUCCAUUGUACUGUUUUGAAGAUCCAUCGUACUGUUUUUGAGAAAAAGAAAGAGAGAGAAGAGAAUAGCGAAGCGAGGAGUCAGAAAGAGAGCGAGAGAAGAGAGACAAACUCGAGAAGAUCUGUCCCCAGGAUAAUGCGUGCGGCUUGCUCUUUUCAUCAGUCGGCGCUGAACUCAUGCAUGUGAGCGUGGUUUGAGAUGAUGUGAAAGCCUUGUUUUUGUUUUCUUUUUGGAAAAAAAUUGCAUGUUUGAAUGAAUGAUAUAGUAGGUGUAUGGGAAUGAGGGAGGACAGGUAGUGGGGUAUGUAAGCAUUUGUACGAUAUAGCAGAAUCGCAAUUUCAUAUUUGUUAUCUGGGCCAGAGCCAGUGUCGAUUGCUUUUCUUUUCUUUUUUUUUCUCGUUAAGGUAGAAUUGACAAUGGUGAGUACGAGACACCGACAGGUGUGUGAUACAUUGUAUGUUCUCACACAUUAUACUCACUAGGUAGUUCAGCAUUGGAGAGCUUAGAGCUUAGAGCUUAGAGCUUCACGAUUCAUUUUGGAUCCACUAUACACACCCUGUGCUAUCGCGCACAGGGUAUGUUUUCUCUGACAGUUGCUGAGAGGGACCCUCAAAGCGUUCCACGCGACCCUCUAUAGCUUGCUUCACGGCUCUGUCUCCCUGUGAUACAUGUUGCUGCUAGGUAUCAUUAGUUGAAGCUUCAACGGACAUCAGAUCUAGCAGAGCAAUGAGCGGGUUUUCGUGGUCAUUGAGAUAUUCUGUAGCUCUCCGACAGCUGUUUGGAGCUCUCCAUCUCCGAUACUCGCUCGAUCGAGUAGUCCACGAAUCAGGAAUUUUACUUGCGCGUGAUGCUUUUCAAACCUUGGUCGCAUUCGCCAACCGCAGGUUGCUCUGCCUGAACACUUGCAGUGCCCUCGGUAUCUCAAAAGUCCUUGCGAGUGUCAUAGUCCUCACGACAGUACUUGGCAUUAUCAUCUACGAAUACCCUCCGGUCAAGCCGCCUACAAUCUUCAGGCCACCUGGGUCACCCGAAUAUGCGACGGCAUGUCUGAGCGGAUGCCAAGCAGCCCAUGUCACAGCAUUGGUCGUCUCUAAUUUGACGACCUCCUCUCCUGUUUCCACAUGCCAGAUGCUGAGACCCUUCUCGUUGUCCUUCAGAGGAUCGAGGCCACCCCCAGCAGUCAGGUAGGCGCCAUCGUAACUAAAACUCAAGUCUCUCACAGCUCCCGCGGCUUCCAUGAGGGUGUGAUCGACGAGCCAAGUAUUGGUGUUCCAGAGGGUGAUAAGGCCAUCUGUGCCGCCCACUGCAAUGUGGUUACCCGUUGGGCUUUGCUGGACCGAGUAAGUCGAGCCGCUGUGAGCAACUAGAUGAUGAAUGGGCUGCAUAGACGGGUAAGAGAGGACUUUGACGGGACCUUCCGUCGUUGCUGCGAGAAUGUGGGAGCCAGAGUUUGUGAAAGCCAUCUGAUAGAAGGCGCCCUUGUCUUUGGUGGGAGAGCGAUCGGUGGGAGUUGCAUCGUAUCCAGGGAGGUUGCUCGUGGAAGGGGCAUUGGCGUUGGGCUCGAGGAUCAUGGGCGUGUCUGCUUUGCGCACAUCCAGCGCAGUGAUGACAUCGUUUCUCGUGCCCACUAACAAUUCUGUGCCGCUGGGGUGCCAAGUGAGGAAUAAGGUCUGCUCGCCAGUCUUGUAUUCUCCGCUCUUUCCUUGCGCAUAUCCCUUUGCACCAUAGCCGCUGCCACCUCCGCCUCCGCCUCCGCCGCCUCCUCCCGCCAGAUUUGUUGAUCCACCCGGUAGCCUGACGUCCCAGAAUUUGACAAAACCGUCUUGGCCUGUGCUCGCCAGCAGACUUUCCAUGCGCGGACUGAAGGCCAGCUUCUCAAUAGUGUUACCGUGUGCGCCGGGCUUCGGGCCAUCCUGCAAUGCGGUUGUCGCUCUCACGUCUGCUCGGUCGGGAUUCCACACGCGGAUGUUGUUGUGCACAUUGUGAGCGACCAUGCUGCCGGUGGGAGACCACGAGAUGGAGCGGAUGUUGGGGGCCAUGGUGCUAUUCGGCGGCGGCGGUCGUCCCGUCUCAUUGAGCACGAUGGGCUUCGCCUUCUUGUAGUCGAAGUGGGAAGCGACGACAUCUUUGCGCAGGUUGCGCCGUGCGGGUGGAGGUGCCAUUGAGGAGAGGGAAUGGAAGCUGAGGGGGAAGGACGGCUGAGAGGGAGGUGAGGUUCAUCUAAAGUCGAUCAAU